CAACCUCCUCUCCGAGCUUGCCCCCUGCUUUCACACUUCACGCCUGCUGGACAGCUGAAACGAAUAGAUAACCAUUGGUUCGCAAAACGUCAAGAGCUUCCUGAGCCAGCACCAUGGCGUCCACCGCAGCACCGCCGGCCGGUCAAGUCCCCAUCUCUGCUCCAGCCCAGAUAAAAGCAAAAGAUCAACAUGCGAAACGCGACACGCCAAAACCAUCCGUACUGGUCCACUUUGCCGCCGGAGGGUUUGGAGGGACUGUCGGAGCAGCGAUAACAUGUCCUUUAGAGGUCGUAAAGACGCGGCUGCAGUCGUCACUUUACCGUGAUACGGAGAAGGUCGUCAGUUUGAAGAACCCUAUUCGAGCGACAUGGAUACAUAUGCGCGAAGUAGUUGGGCUCUUAGGGCAAAUCAGGAAGCAGGAAGGGAUUCGGGCGCUAUGGAAGGGUCUGGGGCCCAAUCUCGUUGGAGUGGUGCCAGCGAGAGCGAUCUACUUUGCAACGUAUAGCCAAGGGAAGCACUUUUAUACGCAAAUGAACAAAGGACGGGAAACGCCGGUGGUGCACAUGCUUUCCGCCGCCACCGCAGGAAUAGCGACAGGUUCAGUCACGAACCCCAUUUGGUUGAUCAAGACGAGGAUGCAACUACAAUCGGAGAGGAAAGAUCUGGCCGCUCAUCAACGCUACAGAAACAGCUUCCAUUGUCUGACGACUGUGGUUAGGGAGGAAGGAGUGAGGGCUCUAUACCGGGGUCUUUCAGCCAGUUUCUUAGGAAUUGGAGAGUCGACGCUACAAUUCGUAACCUACGAAUACCUCAAAAAGACCUGGGUCGAAGAUCGCAAAGCGCGUCGGUUAGCAUUAUUGUCCCCGGAGGAGCGCAAAGAGGCGUCGCUGAGCAACUCUCCGGCUGACUGGUUGGACACGUUCGCCGCCGCGGGAGUCGCCAAGUUUGGAGCUGCCAUUGUGACAUAUCCGCACGAGGUCCUGCGAACGCGACUCCGACAAACGCCCGAGAACGGGAUCGUGAAGUACACAGGACUAGUGCAGUCUGCGAAGCUGAUUUACAAAGAGGAAGGCAUGGCGGCGCUCUACGGAGGCAUGACGGCCCACCUGAUGCGAGUGGUGCCCAACGCCGCCAUCAUGUUCUUCUGCUAUGAGCUGGCGGUCGCCGCUGUUACGAAACCUGUUACGCCAUAGAGAAACGGUGGAGCGAUUUCCUAAGGAGUAUCGACGACGCGGGCUCAGCUAGGGAAGGCCGGGACGAAUGUGGAGGCGAAGGAUGUUCGACGAGAGUGCAUAGCGGAUCAGCGACUGACGCUCCGCCGGACCCCACCCUUUGGAAUGCGAAACCAUCAUGGGCGACGUGAGCGGGAUGGACAACAACGCCCAGCGGCGCAGUGCAGGAUACUUGACGACGAAUUAGCUCCCAGUGUCUGAAAGACAUGAAACAUGGCGCGCACACAAUAUCUCGUUUACUAUAGAGUUGCUUUUCCAUAGCUUUUUGGAACAUCAUUCU